CCGUAGGUUGCCUAGUGGGUAUUACCCUACAGCCAAGCUAAGUUGGGUCUGCCUCCUGGGCCGGGCCGCUUCGGUUAGCUUCAAGCUUCUACCUUGAAGUGCUCCGAAGCGCUUGUUCGAGUCGGUUAUGGCUAGCAUCGUUGCCCCUUAUGCGUACUGAAACCAAAUAAAUAAGUAGGUAGGCGAUAGCACCUUGGUCGGCAACCUCCUCCAAUGGGGGUCAUUGUCCUGCUCGCACUUCUGGCCGUCUUAGGGCAGCUUGCCAAUGCGGAGAGGCGCUUGUUUAUCAGGGACUUGCCCGACAAGGCUCAAAGAUGCCGUAAUACGGUUCAAGGACUACACAUAAUAGCUGAUGACCGCGGCGUCGUAUGCAAGCGUAGCGAGCUAAACUACGCUACGGGCUGCUGCACCAUCGGACAGCAACACGACUGUAGCUUGUGCAAUGCCAACGACCGUUGCUGCUCAGAGUACGAAGCCUGCGUGUCGUGCUGUCUCUCCCCGCAGUACGAUGCGGUCAACCUAGCGAAGCAGGUCCUCAGGUCUCCCCGCCACAAGGAUAGCGGCUUCUGGGGCGAUGCUUUCGAGUACUGCAAAGGCAUCUGCCGUACCCACAGCCGAAGCACGGCGCAUGAAAACGCCUACAUCAGCCCCCGUCACCACUGCUUCAGCCAGCUGGGCCGGCCAAUGCUCUCCGACCCGCUGCCGCCCGGCGCGCUGGAGGGAGUGGAGGUGGCGACGGGCGACAACAACGAAACCUGUGAUACGGUCUGUGCGGCGCGCCGGAAGCUCUGCAGCGCGGAGCACCUGCGCUGGCUCAACAGCUGUGACCGGCUGCGAGAGCACUUUGACUGUGAGGCGGGUUGCGAGGCGGUGUCGGGGCUGGGGCCCUCCUAUGUGGACGCGAGCGCGCCCAAGCCGGAACGGCCUGCCAUGUGCUUUGCGCAACCGGCGGGUGCCGCGCAGUUGAGUUGCGGUGCGCGGGAGGCAAAUCAUAAGAUGUUGUGUCCUUGUGUGUAAGGCAGGUGUCUGGUUGGUUAGUGGGGAUGGGGGCGCGAGGAUGUAGGGAUGGGGUAGCAAGGUCAUUCCAUUGGGGUUGCGGGGGAGGCAUCUGAAGAAACAAUGGAGAUGGGAUGCGCUAAGGUAUCCUAGUUUUAAACGCGUCAUGUGGUCGAGGAAACGUAUGAGAAUCACGAGCAAUGAGCAUGUGAGGAGUGAGUUUGCUAACGGUAACUGGUUUCGGAGGUAUUGCUUUUCUUUCGACUGUUCCGAGGCAUCUGUCGACGCUUGCUUGACUCUCUUGGAACGCUUAGUUUACGUUGACAUUGCAUAAUGCUUUCGGUUGAGCGCCGCUGCGCGGCCGGGCACAUAAAAUGCAAGUGGCUGGGAUUGUCGAUUCAGCGUCACGCUCGACGAGUAAACGCACUUGCAUCCUACGACGGCUGUUCAUCAAGGAGAGUUAUUUCGGAUAGUAUAGCUGCGCUGCCGAAGCAAAGAUGCAUGACCUGGCCGAGAAGCCGAGUCCUCUGUGCAUGCGAAAGCCGGCCCGUUGCCACUGAAGAUGACAUUGUACGCUAUGCCUCCGUUGGCGACAUCGUUACCAUCAAUUUCGUCAUGCGAGACGAGGACGGCAAGGUGGUUCAGUCUUCAUCAGACCUCGGGGCACCGCUCUUCUUCGAAGUUGGUGCGGGUGACCUGAUGGGAAACCGCCUCUUCCAGGGCUUUGACGAGGCCGUACGGGGCAUGGCGGUUGGGCAAACCACCGUCUUGGAAGCGUCCGGCGGCGAGUGGAAGCGCGAGCUGCUGUUUACCGUGGAGCGGCAGCACCCGGAGAUCCAGCGCCUGGAGGGGCGCUACAAGAACCAUGGCGGUCUGGCUGCCGGACUGGUGGUGGAGCUGGCCAACGGGGCCAUGGCGGUGAUCCUGGAGGUGACGGACGCGGAGGUGAAGCUUGACGCGAACAACAUGUUGGCAGGCAAGACCUUCACGAUUGAGCUGGAGCUUGUAUCCAUUGACAGUGCGCCGCCUACCGGUGAGGGAUCCCCUUCGAGCCAGCAGCCGGUGCCAGAGGCAUGAGGGUGUAACCGGUAACAUCAGUCUCGGAAGGGGGUGCGCCACCAACUGGUGAGUCGCGUUACUAGGAGGGAGGUGUAAGCGCGGCUUAGCUUGGAAGCCCCGUUGAAAAGGCGCUUCGGUUGUGAUGGGAGAUAAUCUCAUGGUUCGCACGCAUAACGGUGUCAAUUAGGGUUGAUGGCACAAGCACGGAUGGCUUAGGGUUGAUGGCACAAGCACGGAUGGCAGAAACAGUGCUGUUGGCCCCCGCCAAGGAGUGCCUGAUAGGAUCUCAUGAGCAGGUGUGUGCAUCAUACAGCAGAGUAUGAUGACGCUAGGAAAAACGCAGGUUACCAUUUUCCAACAUAUGUUCGGCAUAUCAUGCCUGACGGA